AUGGACACAGUUCUUCUGCUCAUCAUGGCAGGGCUGUGCGCCAUCCCAUCACAUGCUGCACGUCAGUACCAUUUCAUUUAUGAGCUGAAGACGAUGCCUGAGGCACAAAGUUACUGCAGACAGAGAUAUACAGACCUGGCCACUAUCGAAAACAUGGAGGACGCAAACACCCUGGACAGCAUGGCAGAUAGAAGCAAAAUACAAUCACUGUCUAGCGGUGACUAUUAUGCCUGGAUAGGGCUGUACGAAGACCAGGCCAUGGACGGGUGGAAAUGGUCACUGUCAGACACAAGUUUCUACCAACAAGGGGAGAUGGAGUUCAGACAAUGGUUGAAUGGACAACCGGCAGGCUGGGAACGCUGUGCAUAUACACGUGAUGAUGGCCAGUGGUACGACGCUGGAUGUCAAGAACAAUAUAAGGCAGUCUGCUUAGAUAUUGCGUCCUCUGUGACAUUUGUCUUCAUCAACACCACCAUGACAUGGACUGACGCCCAGAGCUACUGCAGACAACAAUACACAGACCUGGCCAGUGUAAGAAACAUCACAGACAACCAGAAGGUACAGCAGCUGAUACCCUCAGGAGAAAAUGUCUGGAUCGGCCUUUUCAAGGACUCAUGGAAGUGGUCGGAUGGAAGUAACUCCUCAUUUAGGCACUGGAGAAAUUCGGAACCUAGUGGCAGUGCGACUUGUGUGGCUGCAGACUUUGCUGCAAACUAUGGUGGACGAUGGACAAACAUAGCCUGUAGCAUGCAGAGAAUGUGCAUUUGCUACGGCAAUGGUGAGUUCUACUCCAUGACUCAGACACUCAAAGAGAAGCUGAAGGACCAUGGGCUGAAUGACGACAUCAAACUCAAGUGGAAGAAGCAGCCGGAUGGAAAAGUCUUCCACAAGACACGUUAG